AUGGAGCCGCCGCGGAGCCUCCCGGGGCUGGAGCGGGAGCGGGCGGCGCUGGACGCGGCCGGGGGGUGCCCGUCCCCGCUGGACGCCAGGGCCGUGCCCGGCAGGAAGGUCUGGGUCAAGCUGCGGGCGCUGCUCCGUUUCCUGCUCAAGCAGCUCGAGGCGGGCGAGGUGAACGUGGAGGAGCUGAAGCGCAACCUGGAGUACGCGGCGUCGCUGCUGGAGGCCGUGUGCAUCGACGAGACCAGGCAGGUGCUGGACACGGAGGACGAGCUGCGGGACAUGGGCUCGGACGCGGCCGUGCCCUCCGAGGUGCGCGACUGGCUCGCCGCCACCUUCACGCAGCAGGCGCGGGCCAAGGGCCGCCGCGCCGAGGAGAAACCCAAAUUCCGCAGCAUCGUGCACGCCGUGCAGGCCGGCAUCUUCGUGGAGAGGAUGUUCCGCCGGAUGUACACGGCCGUGGGGCCCAGCUACUCCUCCUCCGUCCUCAACUGCCUGAAGGGCCUGGACCAGUGGUGCUUUGACGUGUUCUCGCUGCACCGCGCGGCCGAGGAGCACUCGCUGCGCACGGUGGUGUUCGAGCUCUUCACCCGCCACAACCUCAACAGCCGCUUCAAGAUCCCCGGCGCGUUCCUGACGUCGCUGCUGGAGGCGCUGGAGGGCGGCUACGGAAAGUUCCGGAACCCCUACCACAACCAGGUGCACGCGGCCGACGUCACCCAGACCGUGCACUGCUUCCUGCUGCGCACCGGCAUGCUGCACUGCCUGUCCGAGAUCGAGCUCCUGGCCAUCGUCUUUGCCGCCGCCAUCCACGACUUCGAGCACACGGGGACAACAAACAGCUUCCACAUCCAGACCAAGUCGGACACGGCCAUCCUGUACAACGACCGCUCGGUGCUGGAGAACCACCACAUCAGCGCCGUGUUCCGCCUGAUGCAGGACGAGGAGCUCAACAUCUUCGUCAACCUCACCAAGGACGAGUUCGCCGAGCUGCGGGCGCUGGUCAUCGAGAUGGUCCUGGCCACCGACAUGUCCUGCCACUUCCAGCAGGUCAAGUCCAUGAAGACGGCGCUGCAGCAGCUGGAGAGGCUGGACAAGGCCAAGGUGCUGUCGCUGCUGCUGCACGCGGCCGACAUCAGCCACCCCACCAAGCAGUGGGCGGUGCACAGCCGCUGGACCAAGGCGCUCAUGGAGGAGUUCUUCCGGCAGGGGGACAAGGAGGCCGAGCUGGGGCUGCCCUUCUCGCCCCUCUGCGACCGCACCUCCACGCUGGUGGCCCAGUCGCAGAUCGGGUUCAUCGACUUCAUCGUGGAGCCGACGUUCUCGGUGCUCACCGACGUGGCCGAGAAGUUGGUGACGCCGCUGCCCGAGGACGGCUCCAAGGCCAAGGGCAACCCCGCGGCCACCCAGCAGCCCAGCUCGCAGUGGCGGCAGCCGUCCCUGGAUGAGCACCUGGAGGACAUCAAGGCCGACCUGGCCGGGUUCCGCUCCACCUGGACCAAGCACAUCCAGGAGAACAAGCAGAAGUGGAAGGAGAGGGCGGCCAGCGGCAUCACCAACCAGGCGUCCAUCGAUGAGCUGUCCCCGUGCGAGGAGCCCGCGGCCACCACCGGGACACACAGCGAGAACGGGGACGUGGAUUAGCGGGGGGAGGAGCCAGGUCCCUGUCCAGCUGAGUGACACCGUCUCAGUGACACCGUCUUGUCUUCGAUGCCAUCGAGUUCAGAACCAUCUGUGCCAGGAGCCCCCGGGGCCGGGCUCGGAUCGGUGUCGCCCCUGUGCCAGGCCCGGUGUCACCUCUGUGCCAGGCCUGGUGUCACCGCCAUGCCAGGCUUGGUGUCACCCCUGUGCCAGGCUUGGUGUCACCACUGUGCCAUGACCGGUGUCACCCCUGUGCCAGGCCCGGUGUCACCGCCAUGCCAAGACUGGUGUGACUGCUGUGCCAGGCCUGGUGUCACCGCCGUGCCAGGAGCCCCCCGGGCUGUCCCCUCUGUCCCAGUGUCACCGGUCCCUCACUGCCACCCCCGGCCCCCCACACCGGGCUCAGUCCUUUGGGAUUUUUAAAAACGCUUUUCCUGCUCGGGAGGGGCUGGGGCGGGGACGGUGGCACUGGGGACAGCUGGGGAGACACGCUGGGGACAUGCGUGGGGACAUGUUGGGGACAGCCAGGGGGACAGAUCCCCUCGGGGUCUGGAUGGUGCCACCGUGAGGGUGGCACUGUGCCCUGUCCCCAUCCAGCCCGGGGACAGGAGAGGGGACAGGAACAGGAACAAGAGAGGGGACAAGAAUGGGGACAAGGACAGAGAGAGGGACAGGGAUGGGGACAGGAGAGGGGACAAGGACAGGCACAGGGAGGUCCCAUCCAGAGUGGCGGGGGUGGCACUGGGGACAGGGAGUGGCAGGGACAGGGACGGAUCCCUCUCUGGUGUGCCCCCAGCUCUGGUGUGUCCCUGGAAUGUCCCCGGUUCCUGCGACAUCCCGGGAGUGCUCGGGAAUGCUGGGAAUCUUUGGGAAUCUUUGGGAAUGUUCCGGAAUGUUCCAGAAUGCUCCCACAUCCUGGUCCGGCCGCCCCCUCCAGCUCCAGUGAGCCCUGGGAACCCCGGAAUGCUUGGGGAAUCCAUGGUUCCAAUCUCAGACCCGGGAAUACUCCAGAAUCCUGGAUCCAGGCUUGGAAUCUUCCAGAAUCCUGGUUUUGGCCUUGGGAAUGUCCCAGGAUCCCAAAUCCAGCCUUGGGAUCUUCCAAGGGAAGAUACCAAACUGAGUUUCAGGAAUGUUUCAGAAUCAUGGAUCCAGCCCUGGGAAUGCUCCAGAAUCGUGGAUCCGGCCCCAGGAAUGUUCCAGGAUCCCAGAUUCAGGAAUGUUCCAGAAUCCUGGAUCCACCCUCGAGAAUGUUCCAGAAUCCCAGAUCUGGGAAUGUUCCAGAAUCCAGGACCCAGCCCAGGAAUGUUCCAGAUCCCAGAUCCACCCUCGAGAAUGUCCCAGAAUCCCGGAUCUGGGAAUGUUCCAGAAUCCAGGAUCCAGCCCAGGAAUGUUCCAGAUCCCAGAUCCACCCUCGAGAAUGUCCCAGAAUCCCGGAUCUGGGAAUGUUCCAGAAUCCAGGACCCAGCCCAGGAAUGUUCCAGAUCCCAGAUCCACCCUCGAGAAUGUCCCAGAAUCCCGGAUCUGGGAAUGUUCCAGAAUCCAGGAUCCAGCCCAGGAAUGUUCCAGAUCCCAGAUCCACCCUCAGAAUGUUCAAGAAUCCCGGAUCUGGGAAUGUUCCAGAAUCCAGGAUCCAGCCCAGGAAUGUUCCAGAUCCCAGAUCCACCCUCAGAAUGUUCCAGAAUCCCGGAUCUGGGAACGUUCCAGAACCCUGGACCCACUGCCCCCCCCCCCCCCGAGCA